AUGGAUGGACCUGCCACGGAGCCCGUUGGCGAGCCAAGGAGCUUAGCCCCAGGCCCCGAGGUACAGAGCGAGGGCCUGCUCGAGAAUGACCUCUACCUGCUGACCGGCCAGGCCGAGGCGCAGGAGAAAGGCAGGAGGCGCCGCGGCCGCGAGCCGCGGGUUCCCGCGCAGCUGGCGCUGCCGCCCGCGCCCGCGCCCGAGGCGCCCGAGGCGCCCGAGGCGGCAGGCGAGCGCGAGGAGCGGCUUUUGCAGGAGCGCGCGGGCGAGCCCCAGCUUGCGCUGCCUGCCCCCGGGGACGAGGCGGCCAACGGGGAGCACCCGGAAGCGCCAGAGGCGCGGGAGAGAUGUGCUUUGUCCUUCCUCCGGCGUUGUGUCGGGGGGGUGCCCUAA